CUUACUUAAAUUUAAACUUUUAUCCUUUCAUGUGUGUAUAUAGUGAAAUUAGUGUUCGCGUUUACUAAAUUAUACUACAAACUUAAAAAUGGUUCCUUCUAUUUGUAUAUUUAUGACAGGUGUUUGUUUCUGGAUUACGUAUUUAUCAGUCAUACAAGCAAUCGUGCUACAAGACAACCUUGCGAUUUAUCUCGAAAAUGGCAACGAGGCUCCUAGUACCGUUAACGUGAUAGAAGGUACGGCGGUGAAUUUGAGUUGCCAUUCACCCCUUGACCAAAUCAAGUACUCUUUGGCAAAAGACGGCGAUCCUUUAUUUACAGUUGACGGAGCCUUUCUCGUGUUUACGAGCAUACAACGUCGGUUUAAUGGUCGGUAUACGUGUACUGCACGCAACAUCGGCACAGCUGAAAGCGCCACAAUCUCAGUCGACCUCAGUGUUAUAUAUCCACCCUCGAGACCAGUUAUCUCCGGUCCAGAUAUUGUCGUUUUGGGAGAGUCGUUUACCUUAUUCUGCUAUGCAGACAGUAUUCCUUUACCAAACUACUACUGGAAGGUAGCGACCCAUACCGUGGACGUCAUAGAGGCGAGAGGACGGGUUUAUAAGUACACACAGUCUGCUAGUACUUAUUCCAUUUGGCGAGUUUGUUACGCAGAGGUGACACUUUUCCCCACCGUUGGAGCACAGCAACACCAUUCCAUCUUUGAAAAAAAGAAUAUGAUUGUUCAAGAGAAAACCGGCAUCUGGUCUCUACCGGAGGACGUGCGGUCAGUUGUCGGUAAGACCGUAGAUGUCGAAUGCAAGGUAGCUGGUGCCCCUGCACCUCAAGUUUGGUGGACAAAGGCAGGGAACUCAAGUUUUGCAUACCAGGGUGGGAGGCUCUUCAUACAGAACGUUCAGGCAUACGAUGCUGGUAUGUAUACUUGCAAUGCCCAAAAUACAAUGACGCCUUCUGGUCAGGAAAGUCGCGAUACCAGGGACUCCAGAGAUUUUGUACUAAAUGUGGAAAAUCCAGUCUUUCCGGGUGACUGCGCGGAAUGUUUCAAUCCAGACCUGACUUUCAAAAUAACUACGACGACACCAUCAAACACUGUCACCUCGGCGACAGUUGCUUGUCCCUCUGUUGCAAACCAAGGACUAAUAGUUGCUACUGUAAUUGGCUGGCUGCUUGCUGCAACCCUGUUUGCUAUCGGUCUUUUGUUCUUCCUACGUUAUCGGCAGUCGUCAACUAUUACAAAGACAGCUGAGCAAGAAUCGUCAAAAGCACAUGCGAAGAAUGACAUUCAUUCGUUGGCUCACCCAAGCAUGGAUAGACAGCUUCCUGUCCCGCCCUACAAUCGCAUGGAGCCGGAAAUGGUCGCAGACUCACCUUAUACAGAGUUAUAUGCGGACCACUACACUGAGCCGAUCUCUGAUCAGAACAGUCCAGACUACCUCACGAGUGUGUAACGACAGAAAUUACGUACUUAUGUUCCUCUCUGCCUUGAUUCUUCGUCUGGACAGUCAACUGAGCAAGAGUCUUUCGAUAUUGAUAAUUGAUUCAAAUAUUUGUGAGCAUGAACAUAUUGAACAAGAAUAUGAAAGGACUAUCUUCUGAAAGUCCAUUGAAAGUGUUCCGUUAAAGUUUUCAGUGAUAUAUAUACAGUAUGUUUGUUGAUUUCAGUGAAAGUAUCGUAUUUUAUUUCACCCCAGUCCAUCGUAAAAAAACUAUUUUCGCGAGUGGCAGCCAUUCAUGAAAAUAUACUUUUUUCUAUGACAACUAAUGACAAUACGAACUUGCACUGAAAUCAUAUUUUAUUUCAUGCUUUUUUACGCACUAUCUUUAUUAAUAAGGGAUUAAAAAUGGCGGCAGGUGGUCAGACCUUUUUCUACCUGGGCUGAAAAAUUCAAGUUUUAGUGAUAAUCUUAACAGUUUGCUCAUUAUUUGAGGAUAAAACGGAUUUACAAUUUAUUAAGUAACUAGAGCUAGUAUUUUGGAGUGUUUUAUUGUUUUUGGAUCUUUAAAAAUGGAGAACAUUGUCACUCAUAACCGGUUUGAAGUAUUAGAUACGCGGGAAUGUCCAAACAAAGAGACAUCAAUAAGUUCAAGCACUUCAAGGGAAGACUUUGUUCAUGGGUCAUUGGACAGCAAGUUGUUACAUAUGUUCGAUGAGCUGAGGUUCAUCAGGAACGAGCAAGUACACACUAGUAUAACACUACAUUCCUUCCAACAAAACAUUACAGGUGUAAAUGAUAAACUUAAUCAAGUGAUUCGUGCGACAAAUUCACAAACGGACGUUUUGAAAACUUUAGCCUACAAAUCUAUCGACCUAGAGGCAAGGUCUAGGAGAAAUAAUCUUAUAUUCCGUGGCUUUGUAGAAAAUCCUGGUGAGAAUUGUGUCCAAAUCGUCCGAGAUUUUCUUCACAAUAGACUGUCUAUAGACGCGAGGAAUAUCUACAUCGCACGCGCCCAAAACAGGCGUUUCCAGAGUAGGCCCGUUAUAGCAAAUUUCCGAGACUAUGGGGAUAUUGACCAUGUGAUGGGCAAUGUUCGUCUUCUUAAAGGCACUCCCUUUUCCAUAGACAUGGAUUUUCCCCGCGAGAUACAGGAAGCGCGCAGCCGCCUGUGGCCUCAUCUUAAAGAUACCAAGAGGGAAUAUCCAAGAUCUAGGGCGCAGAUCGUAUAUCCUGCAAAACUAAUUCAUGAUGGGCAGAUCGUACGUGACGAGUUUCCUGAUUGGAAUCGCUUAGUUGGGGCAAACCGGAUAGUGUCAUUGAAUGAUAUUGGUCACAUAAGUAACCCGCGCAUAAAUCGGUCGGCACUAAAUGACACUUCCGACUGUCCGGUGGCGGCCCAUCCUGUUGAUAGUGAUAGUGAUACCCCCGCUCAAGUUGGGUCUCUACUUCCGGUAUCUACGCACGAACCUUCUAGUGUCGAACCCAUGAUAAUUACGUCUCAAGACAGCUCCCAAUCGUGCGAUUCACAGCAGACAGACACCAUCACCACGGACACACAGGCGAGUGUGGCCACCAGACAGCAGCUCAGGGUACCCAUGGAGACCGUCAUCACACCAGCUAAGUUUGUUGUACCAAAGCCUGUUGGUCAUGGCAUGGCCGCACCACAGAUUCCAGCACCGGUAAGGAAAUCCACUUGUGAAACUGAACUAAAAACUGUGCAUUGUGACGAAGGAAAUCCAUUAUUAAAUAGUGACAUAGACACCCCUACGCGAGGCAGAUCCCGUACCCCCGUGCUGUAGCUAGGUCCGAAAAAUGGUCUUAAUCUGCGAAACCUUAUAAAAAGCUAAGUGUCAGUAGAUCUCGAGAUAAUGACAAUAGCCAGGUUUUACCCACUUCUAAAAAUACACCCGGUGUUGACAGCGGUGGUCAACCAGCGGAACGUGAUCAGCCGAUCACCGCAUAGUGUACUGACGAGAAGGUCACGCUGAGAUGUACGCUGUUAAAUGUACAGGGUCUCACUAGCAGACGAACGAAUAAGUUACACUCUACUGAGUUGAUAAAUAUUUUUCAAUCAAAUGAUAUAAUUCUUUUGACGGAAACCUGGACUAAUGACUUUUCUGAUUUACAUAUUGACAAUUUUGAAUGUUAUGUUUUAAAUAGGCAUGAACAUAAGCAAAAUACUAAACGUUCUUCAGGGGGCAUAAUUGUUUUUUUGAGAAACACUUAUGUUACAAAUGAAACAUUAAUAUUUACGAGUAUUGACGAUAUUUUAUGUAUAAAAAUCA